AUGGGCCAGGGCUUGAGUGGCCUUCUGGCAAAAGCCGAGGUCAAAGUCCUGGAAUGCCUAGAAAAAAUUGACCUGAACGUCCUGGGUAAGCUCGAAAGAUUCGUCGGUGUGGAAAGCGGAGCCGUCAAUGCAGUCGGUAUGCAAAGCGAAGCCGUGAAGAUGCAUGCGACUGCGAAUGCCUCUGUUAAAGUGCUGGAGAAAUGCAAGAGGAUGGGCAUUAUCGAGAACGGCGCUAUCAAAGGCAUUGACAGAGGCGCCUUCGAUAUUGAUAUGUUCAACACUCUCGAAAAAAUUGUUGGGCUUGAUGCUAGCGCUCUUGAACGUAUUGUGGGAAUGGAUUUGAGAAGCCUGCAGAAACUUAUGGAUUGCAGGAAUAAUCAAGUGUAUGGUGCUCGUCUUCUCGAGAGGGUGACGCAGUUUCUACCAAGUCUGAAGAAAGUUUUUACCAGCACGUCAGUCACAGUUAGCUUCGGGAGUGGUGGAAUCUUCGUGCUUCAUUCCUUUGUCCAAAACAUGGAAAGUGAGGACAAGGCCAACAUCUUCGGCCAUGCUGUCUAUGGGUCCUUGCUCUUGCUUGUUGCCUUCUCGAUAGUUGUGGCAAUCGCUUGCACAAUAAUCUUCGUACCCAACAAAUCCCUCCCAGCCGCGCCAGCCAAAUCCGUCCCAGUCACGAAAACCUCGCCAGAAAAUGCAACCUCUCUCCCGGUGGGACAACCACUCAACAUCCCAAAUGCGAGUACCUGUCCGGCUGCUGGUAGAACCCACAUUGUCCAGCAAGGCGAGACCUUGUACUCGAUUGCUGAGCAAUACUAUGGUGCCGGGAACCUGUACACAUUGAUUCAGGAAGCCAACGGGCUAUCGCCAGAAAAUGAAGCCAACGGGCUAUCGCCAGAAAAUGUAACCUCUCUCCCGGUGGGACAACCACUUAACAUCCCGAAUGCAAGUAGUGCCUGUCCGGCUACUGGUAGAACCCACAUUGUCCAGCAAGGCGAGACCUUGUACUCGAUUGCUGAGCAAUACUAUGGUGCCGGGAACCUGUACACAUUGAUUCAGGAAGCCAACGGGCUAUCACCAGAAAAUGUAACCUCUCUCCGUGUGGGACAAUCACUCGUCAUCCGGAGUUACAGUCGUUCUGAGGCGAGAUUCAACUCAAACUAA